AACACAUAACGUACUGUAUAUAAGUGCAAUGACGAGUAAAAAUAGUAUUUAAUAAUGUAUUCGUCAUCACAUAGUUUAGUUUAGCUUAGCUUAGCUUAGCUUAGCUUAGCUGCUCUUUCGGACCAAACUAUUCGGUUGCUAGGCAACAGAGUAACAACCGGGCAAUCAUGGCGGAGAGCAAACCAAGUGCAGAGGCCAUGGUGUCAGAUGUACACAAGAAGAUUAAAGCAGCUUUUGAAGCGUUUGACUAUGAGACCAAUAACACAGUGGAUGUCCGGGAGAUUGGCACCAUCAUCUAUUCUCUUGGAUGCUUCCCAUCUCAGACAGACCUACAUGACUUUAUAGCUGAGGUGGAGGAGGACCACACAGGAUAUAUCCAUUUGGACAAGUUCCUCCCAGCCAUGGCUAAAAUCCUGCUGGAGCACAAGUAUCCGCCCAUCCCAGAGGACAUUCUCCUUCAGGCCUUUGAGGUCCUGGAUAAAGAAAAGAAAGGAUACCUGGAGCCAGAGGAGUUGGCAAACUACAUGACACAGGAAGGGGAGCUCUUCACUCAGGAGGAGAUGGAUGAGAUGCUCACAGCACUCGCUGACCAUGAGAAGGACCUCAUCUAUUACAAAGACAUACUCAGCCAGCUGACCAUUGACCCUGAGUUGUAGUCAGUGUUACUAUGUGUGUGGAGAAAUAUUGCAGACACGCAAGUCUGAGUAUGUUAUAUGAUGCUUGUGUUCAUGUCUGCAUGUAUUUAAGGUGGGCUUGUAGUUCUGAUAUAAUUGAUAAAUGCACGUUGUUAAAUCCUGA